GCAGUUUAAUAAAAGUUUUACGUGCAAAAGAAGGAAAGAAAAGAGAAAGGAAAUAUAAGGUGCGCGGGUGAAGGCGAUAUUUCGUUAUCCUCCGAUUCUCUUCUCAUCUAAAAAUCCAUGAAAUAUCGCCAAAUUUUAAAAUUUUGGCUAAUCUGGUUUGGGAAGUAGUCGAGAAAUAUUAUAUCAUCUGAGAUGCCGGUUCGUCGAGGACACGUCGCUCCUAGGACAACGAUCAUCGAAACUAUCAUCAGGAAAUUCGACACCCAUGAUCGCAGUUUCCUCGUGGCGAACGCUCACCAAGGAUUAUGCCACAUAAUUUAUUGUUCGGACGGUUUUUGUCGCCUGACGGGAUUCUCCCGUGCGGAGGUGAUGCAGAGGCUGGCGGUCUGCGAGUUUCUUCACGGACCUAUGACGUCACCGCACGCGGUCGCCGCCCUCCGAGACGCCUUGGCUGCCGGCGUCGAGAAACACUUCGAAAUACUUUACUACAAGAAAGAUGGAACAAAGUUCCUCUGCAGCGAGGUGAUUGCCUUGAUAAGGAGCGAGGUAGACGAUAUUUGUCUGCAAAUAAUAAACUUCGAGGACCUCUCAGCUCAGCCGUCUCAACCACCCGCCAUUCCGCUGCCAAGUCACGCCAACAAUCGCCUCGUUACUCGAUUCGACAGGGCGCGAGCAUCGUUCCGGGCCGGAUUAUCGAGGACCGGAGUCGUCGGACCACCCCGAGUUCUUGGACGCCAAAGAACAUCGGCAACCCUUCAACCGAGGAGACUCGCCGACUCUCACGCCCUCGACGAGGAGGCCUCGGAAAAUUGUCCCCUGACGCGCGGCUCCCCGACGAUGAUGGACUCCUGGGGGGGUUCGGGAGCAAGAACGGGAACCCCGCCACCUUCGGCGGUCCUGCAUCAUCACCCGCAUCAGCAUCAGGUGCAAGGAGGCGCCGCAGGAUCGGGAAACGGGUGCGGAAAUACGGCGACGAGCGUCACGACGCCGACGCCGACGACGGGAACGACGGGGACGACGUCGGUCGGUCACGGGGGGUACGGAAGGCCCGGUGGAACCGGAACCGGAACCGGAACGGCGCCAAUAGCGAGUCCAGAGGGCGUGAGUGACGUUUCCCAGAAGUCCGGGAUGUGGGACGAUACGGGAAACUCGUCAUCCGGAGCCGCGGAAGGCCCGUCGAGGAGCGUUUCCCACGCGGCAAGUCUCGACGCCAUAUCACGAAGGAUGGUGAAACCGGAAGCCGGGAGAACGCCAUGCCGGAGUCUAACCUGCAGCGUCUUAACGGGUCGAGGGAGCGAGAACGUGGCCCUCGAACGACGACCGGCGACCCUCGAUAACUUGGCCGAAGCCACAAAACACUCCAAGAUAUUUCCCGGCGUAGCGUCUGAAAGCGAUCUUCAAAAAUGGCGGACUUCAAGGGACCGGAAAUCACCUUCGCUAAGUCAAAUGGGACCUGAUUCUAUCAAGCACAAGUUCUCCCUGCAAGAUAACGGCUCGGCGAAAUUCUUCCAGGGAGCAAUGCACACGCCUAACAUGGGGGAAAAGGUCGCUCAGGUGCUCUCCCUCGGUGCCGACGUACUUCCGGAGUACAAAUUACAGUCGCCCCGCAUCCACAAAUGGACGAUACUCCAUUACUCACCGUUCAAGGCGGUGUGGGACUGGUUGAUACUUCUCCUCGUGAUGUACACGGCUAUAUUCACGCCGUACGUUGCUGCCUUCUUGCUUUCCGAGCCCGACUACACAAAGAAGAGCAAAAACUACACGAGCAACCCCAUCGUCGUGAUCGACCUGAUCGUCGACGUCACCUUCAUCGUCGACAUACUGAUAAACUUUCGGACAACGUUCGUUAAUAGGAACGACGAGGUUGUCUCGCACCCUGGCAAAAUCGCCGUGCACUACCUAAAGGGUUGGUUCAUAAUCGACCUGGUCGCCGCGAUACCGUUCGACCUCCUAUUCUUCGGCACAAAUACGGACGAGCUCGGCUUGGACAAGGAUGAGACGACUACUCUGAUUGGUUUGUUAAAAGCUGCCAGAUUGUUACGAUUAGUAAGGGUGGCAAGGAAGAUCGAUCGUUACAGCGAAUAUGGCGCUGCGGUGCUUCUUCUCCUAAUGGCAUCGUUCGCUCUCAUUGCUCACUGGCUUGCCUGCAUCUGGUACGCCAUCGGAAACGCGGAGAGGUCAUCGCUUAAAAGUAAAGUUGGCUGGCUGGAUAUACUGGCGAAUGACACCCACCAAUUUUAUCACUUAAAUGACACUGGCGGUCCGAGUAUAAAGAGCCGAUACGUGACAGCGUUGUACUUCACGUUCAGCAGCUUGACUUCGGUCGGUUUUGGAAACGUCGCGCCAAAUACGGACGCCGAAAAAAUAUUCACCAUAAUCGUAAUGCUGAUAGGAUCUCUGAUGUACGCGAGUAUAUUCGGAAACGUUUCGGCGAUUAUCCAGAGGCUCUACAGCGGGACGGCUCGGUACCACACGCAGAUGCUGAGGGUGAGAGAGUUCAUAAAGUUCCACCAGAUACCCAACCCUCUUCGGCAAAGGCUCGAGGAGUACUUCCAGCAUGCCUGGACCUACACGAACGGCAUCGACAUGAACAGCGUGCUGAAGGGGUUCCCCGAGUGUUUACAGGCGGACAUUUGCCUUCAUUUGAACAGGAACCUGCUCAGCAAUUGCACAGCAUUCGAAGGAGCGAGUCAAGGCUGUCUCAGAGCCUUGUCCCUGAAGUUCAAAACCACGCACGCACCUCCAGGAGACACGCUUGUUCACCGAGGAGACGUGCUCACCUCGCUCUACUUCAUAUCGCGAGGUAGCAUCGAGAUACUGAAGGACGACAUAGUCAUGGCGAUCCUCGGCAAGGACGACAUAUUCGGCGAGAAUCCAUGCAUUUACCCAACCGUCGGAAAGUCAUCCUGCAACGUACGCGCCCUGACCUACUGUGACCUCCACAAGAUACAUCGAGACGAUCUGCUCGAUGUCCUGGCGCUCUAUCCGGAGUUCGCAAACCACUUCAGCACCAACCUUGAAAUCACGUUCAACAUGCGUGAUGAGGAACAAGCUGGAGUGGAUCCAAUGUCGGCUCGAUUUCCGGUCAGCACGCCAACCGACGUGGACGUCGACGCGAGGCGAUUCGCUUUUCGGCCUCCGAGGUACCGUCGAGGUCCAGGAGGUGGCGGAGGAGCGCCGCCGGGAUCAAACCUGGUUCCCACGGGGCGUCAGGACUCGCUGCAGGACGACCAGGAAGAAUAUGACAGAGGCAGCGGUCACGGGAUCCUGGAGUUCAGCACCGACAAAGCCGGGCAAGACGUGACGCCCCUAAACCUCGAAUUCGACGAGCCGAAACAGCGGAGUUCUACCCUGAAUUCGAUAACCGGCAUGCUAACCCAUCUCAAGCGCAGCAUACCGGACCUUCGCCAGCACAAGAUACAUCUCCAGCCACUGACGAGCCACGACUACCUCGCGAAGCAAGUUACUACGCCCCUGACUAGACCCGCGAGACGAAGCUCGGCUGCCGGCGAAAGCUGCCUCAGUCACACCGCCGCCCAUCCAGCAUCAACCACUUCUAGUCACUACACGACCCCAUCACCGCCCCAGCAUCCACACUCGCACGGUGAAUUCCAAAGUGGUCCGGGCCGGCCACUGGACGAGAUAAACGCCAGGAUAGAUCAACUCACCCGUCAAGUUACGUCCUUAGAGCACUCGAUGGCUGGGGACGUGAGGCUGAUCCUGGCCCUCCUCCAGCAAACCCUCAACUCCUCGCGGGAGAGUUCGAGCAUCGAAAUGAUGCCCGGAACCGCGCCUGCGAUGACGAUAAAAUCGACCGGUAGAGCGCCGGCUCUCGUCCAGAGAUCGGCGAGCGAACCGCAACCUCCGAGCAUUCCUACUUCGACCAGCUACGGCAAUGGACAUGGGAAAAUCCAGCCCAGUACCUCGCACAGUUUGUUCAGCUUUCUUUCCAAAUCUCUGGAUCAGUUGCAUUUGAUAUCGGCGUCUUUUGUUUUGGAUAAAUUGGACAAGUUGAAAAGGCCGCCAACCCGAGAGCCGACCUUCGCGUCAUCGGGCACGUCGCGCUUGACGGUAACGUCGGAAAGCUCGGCGUUGGCUUCGGCUCUGCAGUCCGCCCUGAACGGUAGACCAGGACCGACGAGGUCCCAAAGCCAACCCGUCGACCUAGCAGUCCCAGCCACCGUCCAACAGGCCCAUCAUCAGCCGUCUGCCUGGCACAGCCAGCCAGCAGCCUUCAGGCGAGGCGAGUUCAGGACCGGUUACAGCUCGUUCAACAAACGGUCGGAAACUGAUCUUGGAGCGGGAUCCGAGGAUCCAUGGAGCUGUGGCGAUCAGUCGAGACCAAAUCAGCAGCAGCAAAGGCCGAGAAGCAGUGAGAGCCGGAAGGAAGUAUCAGGCGAGGCGGUUUCCGGUCAGAGAUCGUCGACGACGCCGGGUGUCGAGAGUCACGCGCUUAUUCAGCGGCCGGAAUCCUCGCGGCAAACCAGUGAAGACAUGUCCUGGGAAUUUGCGAUAAACGAGGCACCAAUAGCGAGGCUCGAAUCCCUCGACGAGUUGGACCAGGAUCACGGGAGUUAAGACGUGAUUAUAAUUAAUGAAUUACGAAUUGCGAACAAGCGGGGAAAAAUAAAAAUAUCGGAAAAUUUUUGCCAACUAAUCGAUUUAUUGGUAAAAAAUAUUUUUAAAACUGCACACGGUUUGUUGUAACCAAGGUGAAUUUUUUUUUUUUUUUUUUCAAGCAUUGUUUUAUAUAUAUCUAUAUAGUCCAAUGGAUUUGAGAUCGUCGAAAAAUUCGCCAUUCAGUAUAGAAUUAAUUAUGAUAACGAUGACGAUUAUGAUUAUGAUUAUACGAACAUCGUCCAGUGUACCUGAUGAUGAUGACGAAUAGUUGCAAGUCACGCGUGAACGAUUAACCAACAUAUUGUAACGUGUAAUGUAAUCAUUCAUCAAGAAUUAUAAAAUUCGAG